AUGGCUUCACGGACUUUCUCCGCUGUUUUCGUCGCUCUCUGUGCUUUCCAGGACAUCAAUUCCGUGACGGGCAACGCCAAUGACUGCGACACAGAGUGUGCCACAACUUACCCUGGGUCAUAUUGUAAGUAUUGGAAGAUGCCGAGCACCUGCUUCGGCUCGGAUGCCCCGUGCUUCUGCGGGACGAGUGGACCGACUGAGGCUCUCCGAGGUUCCACAUCCUCUGCUGCAGUCACGGAUGAGGUCACUGAGGCCGCUACAAGCGAAGAAGGUACGACAGCAGCUCCCGAAGCAACGAGUACGACUGGUUCUGAAGCUACUGUCGAUGCCACAGUGGCGGCCAGUACAGCUGUUAUGACCGAUGAGGUGGCUGUCACUACUGCACCUCCUGUGACUGGCGAAGUGACCAUCAGCACGGCAGCUGGGGAAGCUCCCGGUAGAGACAAGGAUGACUCUGAUGCUACCACCAAGGUCACUACGGAGGCUGCAACUGUCACGACUACGAUCGGUGCUCCUGUUGAGCCUACUACUAUCACGUCCCCUUUCCCGGUCAGCACAGCUGCUGUGACCGAUGAGGUUGCUGUCACUACUGCAGCUCCUGUGACUGGCGAAGUGAUCAUCAGCACGGCAGCUGGGGAAGCUCCCGGUAGAGACAAGGAUGAUUCUGAUGCUACCACCCCGGUCGCUACUGAGACUGCGGCUGGCACUACUACGAUCGAUGCUCCUGUCGAGCCUACAACUGCUAUCACGACCCCUCAACCGGUCAGCACAGCUGCUGUGACCGAUGAGGCCGCUGUCACUACUGCAGCUCCUGUCACUGACGAGAUGACUAUCACCACGGCAGCUGGGGAAGCUCCGGGAAGAGACAAGGAUGAUUCUGAUGCAACCACCUCGGUCGCUACCGAGACUGCGGCUGGCACUACUACGAUCGAUGCUCCUGCUGAUCCUACUACUAUCAUGACGUCCCCUCAACCGGUCAGUACGCCCGCUGUGACCGAUGAGGUGGCUGUCACUACUGCACCUCCUGUGACUGGCGAAGUGACCAUCAGCACGGCACCUGGGGAGGCUCCCGGUAGAGACAAGGAUGACUCUGAUGCUACCACCCAGGUCGCUACGGAGGCUGCGACUGUCACGACUACGAUCGGUGCUCCUGUUGAGCCUACUACUACUACUACUACUACUACUACUACUACUACUACUACUAUAACGUCCCCUCUUCCGGUCAGCACAGCUGCUGUGACCGAUGAGAUUGUUGAUACUACUGCAGCUCCUGUGACUGGCGAAGUCACCAUCACCACGGCAGCUGGGGAAGCUCCCGGUAGAGACAAGGAUGAUUCUGAUGCUACCACCCCGAUCGCUACUGAGACUGCGACUGUGGCUACCACGAUCAGUGCUUCUGUUGAGCCUACUACUAUUAUGACGUCCCCUCUACCGGUCAGUACACCCGCUGUGACCGAUGAGGUCGCUGUCACUACUGCGGCUCCUGUGACUGGCGAGGUGACUAUCACCACGGCAGCUGGGGAAGCUCCGGGAAGAGACAAGGAUGACUCUGAUGCUACCACCCAGGUCGCUACGGAGGCUGCGACUGUCACGACUACGAUCGGUGCUCCUGUUGAGCCUACUACUACUAUAACGUCCCCUUUCCCGGUCAGCACAGCUGCUGUGACCGAUGAGGUCGCUGUCACUACUGCAGCUCCUGUGACUGGCGAAGUGACCAUCAGCACGGCAGCUGGGGAGGCUCCCGGUAGAGACAAGGAUGACUCUGAUGCUACCACCCAGGUCGCUACGGAGGUUGCGACUGUCACGACUACGAUCGGUGCUCCUGUUGAGCCUACUACUAUAACGUCUCCUUUCCCGGUCAGCACAGCUGCUGUGACCGAUAAGAUUGUUGAUACUACUGCAGCUCCUGUGACUGGCGAGGUCACCAUUACCACGGCAGCUGGGGAAGCUCCCGGUAGAGACAAGGAUGAUUCUGAUGCUACCACCCCGAUCGCUACUGAGACUGCCACUGUGGCUACCACGAUCAGUGCUUCUGUUGAGCCUACUAUUACGACGUCCCCUCUACCGGUCAGCACAGCUGCUGUGACCGAUGAGGUCGCUGUCACUACUGCGGCUCCUGUGACUGGCGAGGUGACUAUCACCACGGCAGCUGGGGAAGCUCCGGGAAGAGACAAGGAUAAUUCUGAUGCUACCACCCCGGUCGCUACUGAGACUGCGACUACCACUAGGAUCGAUGCUCCUGUUGAGCCCACUACUACUAUCACGACCCCUCAACCGGCCAACACAGCUGCUGUGACCGAUCAGGUUGUUGCUACUACUGCAGCCCCUGUGACUGACGGGGUCACCAUCACGACGGCAGCCGGGGAAGCUCGCAGUAGAGACAAGGAUGAUUAUGAUGCCACCAACCCGGUCGCUACUGAGACUGCGGCUGUCACUACUACGAUCGAUGCUCCUGUUGAGCCUACUACUCCCACGUCGUCCCCUCUACCGGUCAGCACAGCUGCUGUGACCGAUGAGGUUGUUGCUACUACUGUGGAGACGACCGAUUCCGAGGCUACUCUCAGUCCGAUUGUGUAG